AUAUUGAAAUUAGUAGCGUUAAAUCUGUAUCUAAUGGCGGCCUUGUAAUAAAAUGUGCAAAUAAACUUCACAGCGAGAAACUCUUAGAUAUCGCCAGCAAUAAACUUCCCGAUACUUACAACAUUAAAAAAACACCUCUCAUUCUACCUCGCCUACGCUUUGUUGGUAUCCCCGAAGGUUUGGAUAAAAAUGAUAUUGCAACUUACGCCUUAACUCAAAAUCCGCAUUUGUUUCAUAAAGAUUCCAUUUGUGAAGUUAAAAAAAUUUGGUCUACUUCCAAAUCUGAAAAUACUCUUCAAGCUGAAUGUUUAGUUGAUGCUGAUUCCUACAAAAAACUUCUAGAUACAGGUCAUCUACUUAUAGGCCUCAAUGGUUGCACAGUGUAUGACGCUGUUACAGUUUUGAGGUGUUUCAAGUGUAAUGCCUUUAACCAUGGUUCAAGUCAGUCAAAGAUUAUUAAGUUAAUUAAGAAAAAGGAUUCAUUAUGGAAGAAAUUUAAGAAAUCAGGAUUACUUAGCGAUCGUGAGGAAUUUACACAAUACAGGAAGCUUGUCAAGAAAGAAAUUCGAGUAGCCUACGGAAAUUUUGUGGCUGAAGCUGAAUCAAACAUAAAAUUGGACCCAAAAGAAUUCUGGAAAUUUGUGAAGUUAAAGAAAGGGAACUCGGGUGUCCCUUGCAAUAUGACUUAUUUGAAUAAAACAGUCUCUGGAGUUAACAACAGGAACUCUAUGUCUUACAAUAACUUUUCUGUCACUGAAAUAUCUGAAGACGAAGUGUUCUUAAAAAUAAAAAACUUAAAAUCCAAUAACACUGCGGGUCCCGAUUCCAUUCCUGCUUUUUUGAUCAAAGAUUGCGUCGGAAUUUUUUCUAAGCCACUAACAUACCUCUACAACAUAAUACUGUCAACACAAACUUUUCCUGAUCAUUGGAAAGUAUCCAAAAUUAUCCCCCUCUUUAAAAAAGAUGACAAGUCGGUCAUAGAGAACUACCGUCCUAUUUCUCUUCUGAAUAAUUUCGCUAAGAUCUUUGAAUCUCUUUUGCAUGACACUAUCUAUUACCAGAUUAAACAUCAUUUAAGUGAUGCCCAACAUGGAUUCGUUCAAGGCCGCUCCACAGUUACGAAUUUAAUGACCAUAUCUCAAGAUCUCGCUAGCAAUUUAGACAAUGGCUAUCAAACUGAUGUUGUGUCCACAGAUUUUUCAAAAGCAUUUGAUCGUUUGGACCAUGCUAUUUUGCUGCGAAAACUCUUAGAAUUCGGUUUUUCUGAAAAAUUAUAUUUACUUUUCACUAGUUACAUUACUGAACGCGUUCCUCAAGGCUCUGUUCUUGGGCCCCUAAUUUUUAACAUUUUUAUAAAUGACGUUGUCAAUGAUAUCAGAUCUUCUGUUCUUCUGUACGCUGACGAUAUGAAACUAUAUCGUCGCAUUACUAGCAUUCAAGACUGUCUAGUUUUGCAAUCGGACCUAGAUAAGGUACAUUCGUGGUGUUCAAAGAAUCUUCUUCAAUUAAACUAUAAGAAAUGUUAUCUUUUAUCGUUCACCUUAUUAAGAGUUUUGAUAGACUUUGACUACACCCUCAAUAACAACAUUAUUCUGCGACAAUCUCAG